AUGACUUCCCUGAAUUCACCUCUACUUCAUAUUCCAACCAAAAAGAGAGACGAGGUAGACUUUGCGGCCUCUUUUAGGACGUAUAUUCAAACCGUAUAUCAAGAAGAUGCCGACAAGUACAGUGCCGAGAUUGGCCAUUUGAAUAGAUUACGACAGGAUACUCGAGGUGCCGGCAAGGAUUUAACGGGUCGAGAUAUCCUGUAUCGAUAUUAUGGACAAUUGGAGCUGCUCGACCUGAGAUUUCCCAUUGACGAGAAGAAUGUCAAGGUGCUCUUCACUUGGUAUGACGCUUUCUCAAACAAGACGGUAUCGCAGUAUUCCAUUGCUUAUGAAAAGGCGUGCACCAUCUUCAAUAUUGCUGCCACCUGCUCUUCCAUCGCUGCUCUUCAAAACAGAUUUGAAGCAAGUGGACUGAAAAUGGCAUUCAACUACUUUCAAGCGGCUGCUGGUCUCUUCACCUAUAUAAACGACAACUUUUUACAUGCUCCAUCAACAGACCUGUCUCGUGACUCUAUAAAGACACUGGUAGAUCUCGUUUUGGCUCAAGCUCAGGAAUGCUUUUUGGAAAAAGUCGUCAUGGAAAAGAAGAGAGGUAUUCUAGUUGCCAAGCUUGCUGCACAAGCUUCUCAUCAGUACACUUUGACUCUGGAAGGAUUGGGUAAUGCUUCAGUCAAGGGGCAGUUUGAGAAGGCUUGGGCUGACCUAGUCAGAGUCAAGGCCAAACACUUCCAGGCCAUAUCAAUGUAUCAUAAAGCAUUACAAUUAGAAACCGAAAACAAGUAUGGAGAGAUUGUAGGUCACUUGCAACUGGCAGAGAUAUAUGCCAGGGAAGCACAAAAGUUGGCUACAUCCUUCCAGAGCUCCUUCCCAUCCUUUACCACAACAUCAUUAAGCACCACAUCAUCAGAUUCGGGAUCAGCUGGACAGUCUACUACAGUAGCAGCUGCUCUGGUUGAAAUCACAAAACUAAAUGUGAAUGUGAUUUCAGAUCAUAAAACUAGAGCAACAAAAGAUAAUGACCUGAUAUAUCACGAAAACGUACCGAAUCCAGAUACUAUACCUGCUGUAGACAAAUUGGCAGCCGUCAAACCAAUCACGUUUGCUGAAGUUUGUGCUGGCGGUGCAGCCGAUAUACCCAAAAUAAUUGGACCCGAUAUAUUUGCCAAACUGGUGCCUUUAUCAGUACACGAAUCGAAUUCGGUAUAUUCUGAAGAAAAGGAUAAGCUUGUUAGAGCCGAAAAAGAUAGGGCUAUUUCCGCAGAUGGUGAAUUGCAAGCUUCAUUGAUAUCUAUGGACUUGAUUCCAAUACUAGACAGAUUGAAACGGUUUGUGAAAGGUGCUGGAGCUGUUGACGAUUCUGCACGAUUACCAGACGAAGUACGUGCAUGGAAUCAAGAUGUUAGAACUGCUGAAGAAUCUGGAGGUACUCGCACAGAGGAACUAGGAUCAAUACUAGAUACUCUGAAGCAAAAAGUACGAGAAGUACUUGAUGAUAUCGGUCGACUAUUGGAUAAAGAACAGAGUGCCUGCGAAGCCAUGAGAGUAAAAUAUAUGGAUCAAUGGACUCAAGAGCCAUCUGGUCGAUUAACCAGUACAUUAAGAUCCGAUAUACGUCGACAUCGUGAAUCUUUUGAUCAAGCUGCUAGUACCGAUACGGCUCUAUUACAACGAGUUAGUGAAUCUCGUCGCGAAAUUGGUGAUUUAAGACGGAAUUCAGAUGAAUUAGAAUCCAUAUUUGCUGAAAUCGUCUUGUUAAACAAUACGACGACAUCAGGAAAACAAGCAGCACCUGUAGUUAGCUUGCUAGAUGACGAUGGUUCGGCUUCUGCUGGUGUUAGUAAUGGUAAAGGACUAAAUACUUUGGGAGAGCAGAUGGUUGUUGAAAAGUUGGAUCAACUCUUGUCUCGGUUACGUGGACUUAAAAUGGAACGUGCUGAGAUCAUCGAGGAUCUCAAGCAGAAGACUCAACAAGAUGACAUUGCUUCAUUAUUGCUAUUGAACAAGAACAAGGAGUCUCAGAUAUUUAUAUCUGAGAUAGCCAAGUUUAAACCGAUUCAAGCUCGAUUGACUGCAAACUUGCAAGCUCACCAACAAAUGUUGCAAGAGUUGGGCAACGAGUACGGAAGACUACGAGAGUCAUCUAGUGGACUCAAGACAUUAGAAGCUAGAGAUCGCCGUAAAGUCAAACUGGUUGCUGAAUGGCGUGAAUACUAUAUGAGAUGGGUGGAAACUCGUGAAGGUUUGAAUCGUGGUAUUCAAUUUUAUUCUGGAUUGAGUGAAUUGGUCGAUGGGCUAAAAGACUCUGUUGUUACGUUCGUCAACAAACGAGAUUCCGAACGAACUCAACUAGUUAAACGUAUUGAAGAUGAUCAAGCAGAGAAGGGUCAACAGGCAUUACGAGAGCAGCUACGGAGGUUGAGUACACAGCCGUCUUCUCCAACUUAUCACCCUCAACAAGGGCCUCCACCACCACAACCACAGCCGCAAACUCCUCAAGCACCCCACUAUCCACCGCAAUCACAACAGCCACAACAGCAGCAGCAAUCGUAUAUACCCGCGCAGCAACCCUCAUAUGUUCCCUCUCAACCACCAAGUAUGCCUCCAAUUCAGGCAUCAUAUGCACCUGCUGCACCUCCACCACCAAGUCCAUAUGCAUCAUCUCCAUCGUAUAAUAGUAACAGUAGUCAACCUCCGUAUAGUAGUAUGCCACCAGCCAGACCUCCUUCGACGCCACCAAAUCCGUAUGUAUAUAAUAAUCCAUCAAAUUUGCAUGGUGUGCCUGCCAAUCCUAGCCCAUCACCAGGCAACUUUGCACCAUCAUUAGCAACUGCCACGCCCCAACAUGUUCCGUCAUUUGCCCAGUCACAGUAUCCAACGUCAGGUUACACCAACUUUGCGCCUGCAAAUUUGGCAGCGCCUAAUCCUGGUGGAGCAUACACAAACGCCCCUCCAACAAACUCUGGCAACUCGUAUCAACCAUCUCAGCAACAGCUUCCGACUGGCGUACCUCCUCCUCAACCGUUUGUCAAUCAAAAUGUCUAUUCACAGCAACAGCAGCAGCCGUCAUCGUAUUUGCCGCAACCGAACUCCAACUAUGCUCCACCACCAACGUCAGUCCAACAACAGCCGAACUCAUCGUAUGGAGGCCCCAACAGCAACACGAAUCCGCCAUCAGGAUCAGCAGGAUAUAGUAAUCCAUAUCCACGCUACAAUACACCUCAAUAUGGGGCAGGCGAACAGCAAUACGCAAGGCCUCCCAUUAAUGCCAAUAUCAACUCUGGGGCCCCACCUGCAUCCCAAGCAGGAUAUAGCCAACCAGGAGGUUGGAGCUCACAACAGCCACCAGCUUCCAGUGUAUACAGGCCUCAACCACCCACUCAACAACCAUCAUGGCAAGGUGGAUACCAGCAACCAGGCUACUCCGCACCAGCAGCAGGAGGAGGCGGUAGUCAACAACAGCAGGCACCCUAUACAAACACUGGUAACGGAGCAUAUCAACCAGCCUCGACUAUUCAGGCAUCGACAAACGGGGCAGCUCCUAUGGGUACAUCCUACUCAAAUCCCGCAUAUCCUGCCAACGGGUAUGGGUAUGCAGGUCAAUCACAGCAACCACCUCAACAGCAACAGCAAUAUGGGUAUGGUCAACAACAGCAACAACCAGCCUAUAAUCAACCCCAACAGCAGCAACCAGUCUAUGGACAGCAACAACCGCCAAUAAAUCAGGGACCACCUGGAUGGAGGCCUCCGAGUCUUAUGGAUUGA